AAAUGAGUAAGUAAUGAUUUAUUCAUGAAAUCUUAUUGGCCAAUCUUUGGUCGAUCUUAGCUUGUUUUUGAUUGGUUGAUAGGUGCUUAGCUUGCUUUUGAUUGGUUGAUAGGUGGAGUAAAGCUCGCUCAUUGGUUGAUUUAUGUAGGAGACACCAUUUUGAAUUUUCAAAACAAAAAACAAUGUCUGACAGACUAUGUACCCAGGAGAUAUUACUCCCAUAUUUACUGUAUUGUAUAAAAAUGAUGUUUUGCCUUCUUUUUUCAGCAAAGCAACGUUGCAAUGAAACUCUAGCAAGAGCAUGUUAUCAAGAAUUCAAUACCAACGCAACAAGAAUAUGCAAAGAAGUAAAGCAACUCCGUAGAUGUCUUGAUCGUUUAAAAGGAUGUCAUGAAAUGAAGCAUCCAUCAUAUACGUUAUCUCUUAGCUUAUUAGAUAAGCACAGAAGGUGCUUCUUUGUGAAUUACUCCAAAAUUCUGGAAGUGCUUGACAAGAAACCAGGACAUAAGAUUCAAAUUCAACCAAAUACAUCUGCAAACACAGAAGAAGAAGAAACAUCAUCCGAUAUUUUACCAUAUACCUUCGUUGUCGUAGCAACAGUGUGCACAUGUUUAUUUUUGGUYAUAUUAGUAGURUUUAGUGUGGUACGGCACACUUCRAUACUCCGUCGACAAAGACAUACAACAGUAGAACGGCCGCCAAUUGGAUUAGUUGUCAGUCCAUGUAGGCCGUCAUCUCAAAGAACUCGCAGACACUUCCGCCGUGGACGUCAUAAUCGGCGGAGACAUAUGUAUGUUAUACAUGAAGCUAGACAAACUGUWUCUGGGUUUUUCGAGGGCAAUGUUCCUCCACCGCCUUACAGUGCAGUACUAGACGAGACUGAAAGCUUAAGGGCAGGUGAUCGACCGCCUCCUUAUCAACCACCGCCGUACAUCUCAAUUGGAGUGAUUGUUUAAUCGAUUUAAAUGAAUUCAGAGAUUAUAUAUAAAUAUAUAUGGAACAAUUUUAUAAAAAUUGAGACCUACUGUGCCAAUACAUGGACUGCAAACGCAACGCUGUGUACAAAAUAUGUAGUCAGUCGUCCAUUGAAAUCAUGCACUUGGUUACUUCAGGAGUUUCUAUCUGUAUUUCCUGUUUGUGUGGUAAAACUAGAGAAUUUAUGCAGUGUUGCCAUGUACUGGAGGUCUUAGUGGUUUCUACAUUUAGGACAAUCCUAGUCUCUCUCUUCUAUGAGUGCACAGGAAACCCACUCAUGAGAGUUAGGUUAUAUUUACUGUUUGUACAUACAAAAAAUUAUCUAAAAACACUUUUGGGAACCUUGAAUACUAAGGGAACAAGGAAUUACUCUCAUAGUUUUGAAAACCUUUAUAAUUUCUUGAAAUAAAAUAUGAUUUUCUUGACUCAGAAAAAGCUCAUAAUAGUUUACCUUUGCAGUGAAAAUUGURGAGGUUUUAUACGUUUUCUUAUGAAUCUAUGAUUGCUAACUGCAAUGUUUGGUUGAAAAAAAUACUUGUACAGCUUUUGCCUAUCAGUGUGUGACGUAAAAAAAGGAGUAAUUUAAGACAAUGAUCACCUCAGCUGCAUUGUUUGAACUGGUCUUGAUGCUUGGCUUUUUACUAUUGAUGUGAACAAUGAUUUGUUUCUGCAAUUACUGCACAGCCAAAACCUGAACUUCAAACCACUCAUACAUUUAUGAGCAAGUAGAAACUUUUGUUACUACAUUGGUAGGCAAAAUUUGUGGAGUGCUUAUUAGUACUUCAUUGGUUAUUGUUUGUGACUAAUGGAAAGACUAUUUGAAAAAAGUCGAAGAACUUUAAGAAUCUCAAAACUUGUCUGUUUUAUAUUUUCCUGUGUCGUUUUAUAGUUUUGCCUUGAUUAAAACCURCUUAGCUUGACUACUGCCAAUUUGUAAUCACAGACAUCAUUACAAGCUUAUUCGAACGGGUUCUCUUGUUUUAUGCAAAGGUGCAGAGCUUUUCAAGAUGGUACAAGGAAACUGUAAAGAACCUUUAUCYCAGUCUUGUAUCUUUUCACAAUAAAAGUUAUGAAUUCU